UGUUGGGAAUCACAGGAAGAGUCGGUUGUGUGUACAUGAAAACUUUACAGUUGCCAGUAGUGGUUGCGAUGCACCAUUAUUUCGAAUUGUUAAAUGUUUAAGAUUUUUUUUCAAAACAGAAUUUUGUCGGUGCUCGUCAUUACUCGAUGUUGGUUACAAACCAAUGCUUUUCUUUCAAACGUCCUCGAUAGCAACCUGUAGAUGCGGCGAUGAGCUUUGUUUACAUCGAGUGUGUGGAGGUCAUGUCACGUUUAUAAACCUAAUAUACUUACUUAUAUACUUGUUUUACACCCCACUCGAACUGGCUUCUGUUGCAACGUUACUUGGGGACAAGUAACAUUGUGGUUUUUAAGUUGGAGGUUGGAUGGGGCUUUCUCGAUGAUGUAACAAAACUCAUUGAAGAUGUAAUUCAUUUAAGGACUCGACUCAGAUUUACUGAGAUCAGUCUGCAAAGUGUGGGAGAACAAUUGAGGUUAGUAAAUAUGCCCUAUUUGAAUUAUAACCUCAAGAAUCCAGUGAUGGCUUCUGCCGCUGCCCCUUGUUCAGCCCCGUUUGGUUCUGUUUAUAUUCAUCCGUCCUACUGAUAAUUUCUAGUGAGGAGGCUCACCCUUGUGUAUGCUCGUCAUCAGCACACCUUCAUUUGUGUGCUUUAACUUUUACUACAGCCAAUCAGAACGACAUGCAAGGGAUAGCUCUCUGCAGCAUAGUCCAUCCUUCGGAUUUCCAGGUCGCUUGACCUUAGAAGAUUUACAGAGACCACCGGAUUCCCAACGGCGCCAGUCCAGCUGCAGCGGGCGGGAGAGGCCGAACGGUGUCACAGCGGGUCGGUGUGCUGCUGGAAGUCGCCCCCCAUCGCCAAAAGCUCAGGGGUCCUGUGGCCCCCCAGCCCACCAGCAGUCAGCCCCGGCCAGGGCCGCGGGGCAGAUGGAGGCGACCCCCUUCCGGAAGAAGCUGGGCUGUGUGCGACAGGAGAACGCCUGUCUGUCCGUCCAGCUCAUGCCUGACCCGGAGUCGUCUCAGUAUGAGCUGUCCUCCUCAAGGUCCAAGAUGGGGUCCGGUGUGGGGGUUAAGAGCCGUAAUGUGUCCGCGUUGACCGAGCAGAUCCUCAGCCUGGAGGCGGAGCUGGAGGCCCAGGCCGUGGAACUGAGGGCUGCUGAGCUGAGGGCGGAGCAGGCGGAGGAGGCCUCGGCCCACAGCGGCCUCCUGGGGAACCAGCUGUCCCUGGAGCUGGAGGACCUGAGGCUGGAGCUGGACUCCAGGGCCGCAGUGGGGAAGCGGGCAGAGCAACAGAGGAACCAAGCGCUGCACAAUGCUGAGAAGCUGAAGGAGGCGUACAAAGAGUACAAGGAGACCAUAUCCCUCAAACUCAAGAAGGUGCUGGAGAGCGAGAGCCGGGUCAAGGAGAGCCUGGUGGUCUGCGACAGGGAGAAGGUAGACCUGGAGGUGAAGUGCUCUGUGCUUCAGAAGGAGCGGGCCGAGCAGAACCAGAUGAUCAGCCAGCUGAGGGGGGAGGUGCAGCAGGCCCGGGCCCUGUCCUCGGAGCGCUCCGGCCUCCAGGCCCUGCUGGACCAGGCCGGCCGUCGGACCUCCCAGCUGGAGAGGGAGCUGGGGGAGAGGGAGAGGCAGCUGGGGGAGCGGGCGGCGCAGGCCGGCGAGAGGCCCCGCCUCCUGCGGGAGCUGGAGGAGGCGCGGGGGGCGCGCCUCGCCCUGGAGCAGAGGCUGGCCCAGGGCGUGCAGGACGCCCAGCAGAGCCAGGCAGAGCUGGCCGGCCUGGAGGCCAUCCUGGCCCUGCUGCAUCUCCGAGAGGGUCCAGAGGGGCCUCUUUGUGUCAGGCCUUGUCUGAUGCCCCAGGUGGACUACUCACUCCAUGCACAGCUGCUGAACCCAAAGCCAGGCGAGCGCUACCAGACGCUGCUGCCCGUGCUGCGGACCCUGGAGGGAGAGCGGCUGCGUCAGAGCGGCCUGGUGCAGAGGCUGCAGGAGCGUCUGAGCCGGGCCCAGGAGGAGGUGUCCGCCCUGCAGGCCUCCAUGGCCCAGAGAGCCUCCCACUACCAGGGCCUCCACACUCAGCUGCUGGAGAAGACCGGCCGCGCCACCGACACCGAGAAAGAGCUCAAGAGGAAGGGCGCACGGAUAAAGGGGCUGGAGAAACAGCUGCAGGAGAAAACAUCUGCUUACAGCCAGGCCGCCCUGAGGAACACAGAGCUGGAGCAGCAGCUCCAGGAGAAGAGCAGCAGCCUGCAGCACUACCAGUCCACCCUGUCCAAGAGACAGAGAGAGCACCAGCAGGCCCUGGACCUCUGUCAGCAGCAGCAGAGCACGCAGAGCCAGCAGCUCCAGCUCCAGAUAGAAGGGCUGCAGCGGUCGGUCGAGGAGGCGCGCCGCGGACAGCUGACGCUGCAACAGGAGCUGUCCUCGGCCCAGGAGGAGCGGGAGCAGGCCCAGAGAGGCGCUGCGCUGCUGCAGGCCUCCCUGGAGGAGCUGGCUCAGCAGAGGGAAAGUGCGUUCGAGCACAGCGAAGAGGCCCUGCGGUGUUUUGAAGAGGAGGCGAAGGAGUCUGCCAGCAAGAUCUCCAGCCUGCAGCAGGAGCUCCGUGGCGCCAGGCUGGUGUGUGAGACCUCCACACAGCAGACCCUGCAGCUCCAGCUGUCCCUGCAGCAGCAGCAGGCCAUGCUGACGGAGAGCUCCGCCCGCGUCGCUGAGCUGGAGGACAGCCAGAGCCUGCUCCAGACACAGGUGUCGGGUCUGGAGAAGGAGCUGGAGCGGGCGCGGGCCGCCCUGGAGGAGGAGGCCCGGAGCAGGGAGAGCGAGGCGCAGGACGGCCGGAGGGAGGUGCAGGAGGCCACGCAGCAGGCAGCGCAGCUCACAGACACCGUCAGCAACCUGACGGCGGAGAUGUCCAAGGUGCAGGGCCAGCUGUCCUCCGUGGAGGCGGAGGUCCAGCGGCUGCGGCGGGAGGCGCGCGCCAGCAGCUCCCACGCCAGCGGGCUGGAGCAGAGGCUGCAGAGCGCCCAGGGCCUGCUGCGGACACAGACCCAGCUGGUGGAGGAGCUGGAGGAGAAGCUGCGUAGCGGCGAGGAGCAGCGGAGGAGCUCGGCGCAGCGGGUGGGGGAGCUGGAGGGCCAGCUGCAGGCGGUGCACGGGGAGCUGGGGGCCACGCUGGAGCGCCUGCAGGAGCUGCAGGACGUCCUGCAGAGGACCCAGGGCGCGGCCGAGGAGCGGAAGGCCUCCCUGGAGCGGCUGGGCCUGGAGCUGAGGGACACCAAGAGGGAGCUGGAGGAGAGGACCCAUGAGGUCUUGGACAUGGACGCCGCCCUGAAGGAAAGACAGGGGGAGCUGCAGCAGCGCGCACAAGUGCUGGGGCAGCUGGACGUGGCCAUCCGUGACCACCGGCAGGAGAUGGAGCAGAAGGUGGAGGCGCUGCAGCGCUGCCUGGAGGAGAGGGAGGGCCAGCUGACGGAGGCCCGGGAGGAGCUGCUCAAAGCCAGGGAAGACAUGAAGGUGAGCGAGGACCUAGGCUGGCAGCUGCGUGUGUGUCGGGAGGAGCUGCAGAGUGUGUGUGUGCAGCGGGGGGAGAGGGAGCAGCACUGCGGGGGUCUGGCUGCACAGCUGGAGGCCAGCAUGGCGCAGGCAGACAGGAGGGAGGCCCGUGUGUGUGUGCUGGAGGAGGAGCUGGCGGUGAAGGAGGAGCACUGGGUGCAGAAGGAGGCGCGGCUGCAGGGCCUGGUCUCCUCCCUCCAGAGGGAGCUGGAGCAGGAGAGGGAGCAGCACAGCCAGGAGCUGGGCUCCCUGCAGCACACCCGAGGCCAGCUGCUGAAGGUGUCGGAGCAGAUCUCCUCCACCAUGCGCUCCUCCCAGGAGGAGCUGGGCGCCCGGCUGCAGCAGAGCCAGGCCCAGCUGGAGGAGGCCUCGGCCGGGCACCAGCGCGCCCUGGGCCGGGCCGCGCAGCUCCAGGCCCAGCUGGAGCAGGCCGCCGCCCAGCUGGGCCUCACCAGCACCGCGCUGGACCACAGCCGGGACCAGGCCGGCCGCCUCCAGGCCCGGCUCCGUCAGGCCGGGGCCCAGGCGGAGCAGGCCGGGGCCCGGAGCGCGGGGCUCCUGGCCCAGCUGGAGCAGCACCAGGCCCGGCUGGGCGAGGCUGAAGCCCAGGGCGCCCGGCUCACCGCCAGGCUGCUAGGGGCGGAGAAAGAGGUGGAGGCGGCCAACGAGUCCCUGGUCAUCAAGGAGUCGGCGGUGACCCGUCUGCAGGCGCGGCUGUCCAGCCUGGAGCGCUCGUCGGACCCCCGCUCCUCCCCUCUUGCCCCGUACACACCGCUGCCAAAGCCCCUCCCGGUCCCGGACGCAGUCGCCCCGGCUCCCCCCUCCCCUCGGACACGCUCCCCUCGACGCCGUCCCGCCCCGGGACACGCCCCGCCGCGGGACCCCUGGCCCUCGGCGCUUGACCCCCGGUCCUCGCCGCCGCCCGCCGCCGUCCACACCGGCGCCGGGCCCCCUCCCCGGCCCCUCGCCCUCGACCGGUCCUCGCUGUCCCUCCCGCCGUCGGAGCGCUCCACCCUGGCCUGGCUGCGCUCCACCAGCGCCGACUCGUCCCUGGACCUCCCCCCGGAGCUGAGGGCGGCGCUCCGGGACGCCCUGAGCCGGAGGCCCCGGGAGUCUUCCGCCCGCCACUCCACCUCCCCCCACCCCGACCCCGACCCCCACCCGGUGGACCAGAGCUGGCAGGGCCUGAGCUCCCUGGAGCCCGACACCACCGGCACCACCACCACCUCCACCUCCGCCUCCGACCUCUCCUUCAACCCCCUCACCUACAUGCUGGACCGGGAGGAGGAGGAGGACGGCGGUGGGAGGGGGGGAGGCGCCAAGCCGAGCGGCGAGUGGGACGAGGGGCCGGUGGGCCGGUCUGGGGGGCCCCUGGGCUCUCUGUCGGGCAUGCUGAGGUUCGUGAACCAGACGCUGGCCAUGCAGGAGGACACGUCGCUGUGGGACGCCGGCCAGGCGUCGUGAGCCCCGGGCAGGGACACGCCGCCACAGGGGGUCCAGGUACACUGUCACAGGGGGUCCAGGUACACCGUCACAGGGGGUCCAGGUACACCGUCACAGGGGGUCCAGGUACACAGUCACAGGGGGUCCAGGUACACCGUCACAGGGGGUCCCUGGCCAGGGAGACACCAGAGGGGGGCACUAGGGUCAAAAAGGGAGGAGAGAUUUGUGAUCCGUCUUUGUUACCAUAACGACACUGUGCUGUGCACUACCAGUAUCUACAGUUGGAUCCCCAAUGGUUUGCACUGGUCAGCAAACUGGCGAUUCCCGUUCUAUCAUUACUUAUUAACAUUAGCCCUCUGCAUUCUUGUGCCAAACGCUUAGUCCUUUAAGUGUAGAGAGCCUUUCAAUAUUUAAUCACUUUCAAAAUGCCACUGUUGCUAUUCAAACCUCUUGUGUAGUUGUUGAUGUAAGAGUAGGGCAAAAAUAAUCUGACAUACAACUCACCAGUUGGACUUGGCCUACCAAAUACUUUUACUUUGCAAUGACAAUAAAGUGCGACCUGAUUUGUGUUGCAUGACGUAGUGAAGGGGAAUUCCUUCAGGCCCCCUCUGUCUCGUCUCUUCUGCUUCCCUUCCAGGGAACUCUUUCUCCAAAGACUCUUAAAAUAAUGGAAAUUGUCUGCUCUCUCUGCUGACUGCUUAUUUCCAGCACUUGAAUAACUCUGUGUGUGUGUGUGUGUGUGUGUGUGUGUGUGUGUGUGUGUGUGUGUGUGUGUGUGUGUGUGUGUGUGUGUGUGUGUGUGUGUGUGUGUGUGUGUGUGUGUGUGUGUGUGUGUGUGUGUGUGGGAUUUUACAGGAUUUCAAAGUGUAGUGGUCAGUCUUUGACGUCCAACAUUAAAUCUGUAGAGUUUUGUGUUAUUUAGAUCAAGCUCCAGGGCAAGUCCUGCUGCUGAUUUGGCUGUGACUUGACUGGAUAACAUGUCAUUCUUGCCAGCACCAACGACCAAAAGGCUGUCCGGUUCCAGCUCUGUGUCACCCUAUGUUCUUACUCUAUGAUGUUGCUUGUUUAAACAUGUAUGUUGUGUAAUGUAUUUGUAAUAUAUAGUAUUUUUGUUUUGCAUCCUUUUAGAUUACCGAAGUAACUAGCUACAUUUAUUAAAAUGUUUUGUUAUGCUA